GUUGCGGGCCCGGGGCGCUGUAUGGAGCCCCGCGGGCAGGAGAGCGGAGCGGAGCAGGGGCAAAACCUCCAGGGCUGCUCGGCUGCUCUGCGGGACGCUGCUGCGGACGGAGCUUUGACGUUUCAUUUUGGACAGGAUUUGGGAGAAGCACGCCGAGCAUUGAAAGAACAUCAAAAAAUAUGCCGGAGUAGGGCACAGAAAUAUUCCAUGGAGACAAACAGAAGAAGAAGGGCCUUUGAAGAAAGACGAAAGCAAGAGGAAGAAAAAGAACAAAGACAUAGAGAAAAAGUUCUGCAGCAGAGGAAAAUUAAACUUCAGGAAGUAACUGAUAAGUUCCAACGUGCUCAUCUGCCUUUUUCACAGCACAAGCAAAUAGUGCAGACAAAAGCAGCUUCUCAGUUAGAAGAAGCUCUUGAACAAAUUAAAGGAUCAGUUUUAACACCAGGACUGUGUUUGUCCAGCAGAAACAAAAACAACUUCAGAACCACAGGUGACACUUCAACCUCCUCGGCAUCUAGAAGCAGUUCUUGCCAUCAGAAGCAGAUUUCAGCAAUGGUUGACUGCAAUAAAACAACACAAGAGAGCAGUAGAACAAACAAGGAGAGUAACCAACUUUUCUUCCAGGAAAACCUGAAAGAAAUGCAACAACUCCUUGAAAAACAGCAUCUCAGCAACUUGGAGAAUUUUCAAGUCAAGGAUACAGAUGAUUCAGAAAGCCUGUCAAGCCUUGACAGUCUUGAGGCUGGAGAACAAAAUGGAAAUUACACAACACCGACUGAAUCAUCUUUGACUACACAGUGUGACUGUGCCCUGUCCAAUCCAGAAAAAUCACAGACUAGGAAUAAUGGCUUGCUUUAUACAGCCCAAAGUACUUCUUCUAAAUAUAUGCAUCUAAACAAUUGCCUGAGAAAUGCAGAUUUGCAAAAUAACCACAACUUACCUAUUCAUGAUCUUUUAGCUAAACAUAAUAUUCUAACUCCUGCUGAACAUGUAAACAAUUCAGAAGAGGAAUCACCGGCUUCUUGCAGAUCAGGAGAAAAACCUGCAGAGUUCUCUACCUGUGGUGAGCAAGAAAGGUCUGUCAGUAAUGCAUUUAGUUUUCUGCAAAAUACAAAAGAAAGAAGCAAGCCAUCUUCUGGCACAUUAGGCACUGGUCAUCUUGUUUUCAGUCCUAGCAAACCCUGGGCCAGCCCUGACUCAGUUCCAAGAGAAAGAGUUCAAGAUCUGAUGCAAGAUCAGAGUUUUAAAAUGACCCUACAAAAAAGAGCUAUAUCUGAGCAAGCCUCCAGUCAAGCUAUUGCAACAUCUAUAAUCUUAUUUCCUAAUCAGGGAUGUUCCACUGGCAUUCCCAACACAGCUGAUAUAUUACCAAAGGACAAAAUCAUCAGUAUGGAGUUUUUUAAAAAUACCUCAGGAAAAAGCAAUGAAACAAAAAAAGAAAAAUAUACUGAUUACAUUAAUUCUUUAUUUCAGGACAUGCCAAAUGCCUCAGUUUUCUGUGAUGUUAAGCAACAGAAUAACAAAGAGGAAGAAAAAGGAAAUAUGGUAGAGACUACGUCACUGGUGUUUGAUGUGGAGUUAAAUUCUGGCACUCCUGCACAGCACAAAACCCUGAAAAACAACAUUAUUCAAAGAAAAAAAGCAAGAUUAUUCACCAGUAUCCUAAAGAAGAAAUCAAAAUAUGAACCCAGUCCUUUCAAAGCUGUGGUUAUGAACCACGGGAUCAGCUGUGGAAGUCUGCCCGUGUCUUCUGUCAGAGACAGUUUAGAACUGGCAAAAAUAAAAAAGAAAAGUGCAGACAAUGACAAAUACAAUAGAAAACUAAAAUGGUGUGACCAAAUUAACCAGGUAAAAAUAGAAGUUAAUGAAAAGUGCUAUGAAAAAAACAUCAGUGAAAUACCUUCUGCACAGCUGCAAUAUGUUCAAACUACAGAUAAUGCUCCUAAGAGUAAUUUAAGUAUUGUUGCUCAACCUGCAAACCCCAUGGUGAUAAAAAAUAAUCAGGAAAGCUCUCAUGUUUCAAAACCAAAUGUUAAUACUGAAGAAUCAAAUAAAGAAUGCACAUCUCUGGAUAUAUUAAUGUCUACUGGAUCUUUUUCUGCUAAUAAAGCUUGGAUGGUAUCAGAAGUUGGAGAAGGUAAAACCCCAGCAUGUAGCAAUAAUUCUAAAAUUAAUGAAGUUAAUCAACUCAGAAAUAAGGCAAAAAUGAAUAGAAGACAAAGAUCUGUAAAAGUCCAGCCAAGUUAUAUGCCUGAGAAGAGAACAGACACUAUAAUCCAACCACAGUUGCCUGCUGAAGCCAACAAAACUCUAAGAGCUGCAGGGAAAUGGUUAGCACCUCACCCACCAUCCGCACCUCUGCCAGGAAAGAGAAGGGGUGAAAGCACAUCCAGCCCUGGGUGUCAGCCACUGCUGCCUUCAAGUCUUCAAGCUACCACGACAAGCUGGAAUGAUUUAAAUGAAAGGCAUGUUUUGUUAGCAGGUCGGGUUUUUAAUAGAAACGGCACAGAAAACCAGGGGAGUAUUGCUUGUCAUUCAGCCUUUGCCCCUGCAAUACCUACACUGGGCUGCAGCACGGCCAAAUAUGAACCUUGGGCAAAAAAUACUUGUUCUGUAAAUAGUGUUCAGAGAAAUGCCUGUCAAGCUCAUUCAGUAGCCUGCACUGAAAGAAGACCUGUUAACACAGAAAACAGAUUACAUCUCCAUCAUACCACAACAGCUGGAAAAACAAGUACCACAUGGCAAGCAGCUCAUCCUGCCCGAGCUCCAGAAGACUCUGCUACUGGUGUUCCUGUUACAAGACAAAGGCAGGUUUUUGACAACAGAGAAAAUGAACAUGUUUCAGACCACAGAAGGCAAAUCGUAUCCUCUAAAAGACAGAAACCUACUCAUCAUGCACAGAACAUGAUACAAACCAUCCAGCUGAGUCCUGUUCAAUCUUCAUUUGGUCCUGUACAAAAUAUGAAUAACACCUGUAAGUCUGAUGAAGUUUCAGAAAGCACUGGUCAGUUUCUUAUGGCAGAAAAAUUAGCAAGUACACCACUUACAGAAAAUCAAAUCCUGACAGUAAUGGACAGUGUGCAACCAGCCAGGCAGCCCUUGCUGCCCAACGGGGCUCCACAUCCAGGUAUGAGUGCACUUUCAAUAGAAGAACUGAAGAUUUUCCAGUCUCUUGAUCAUCUCAAUCAAAGGCUACGAAAUGUUCAAGAAGAGAUUACCAGAAACCCAUCUGCUUCAAAUGGUUUGCAGAUGAUCUCCCCGUUAAGUAUGCAGCAAUGUGUAUCCUCCCCUUUGGUGAGCACUACAGUAGCCUCACAGCAGUACCAGAAUGCCUCUGCUGGCAAUCAAUUGCAAUUGUACAGGAGAUACUGACAUCUGCUCCAGGGUAUUGCAGCUUUAUGUACUUUAUUUGCAAUGUGGAUACUAUUUCACACUAUCAAAUUAGCAGGAAAAUAAAGAUUAAAGCAGUAGCUCAAAUAAUUAAUAUUAAUUGACUGAUAAGCAUUUUUAGAAUAAUUAAGUCUAUUAGGCACUGUAUAGUAACAUUAAAAGA